AAACUAUGUCGUUUUUGUCUAGGAGGCAUAAAGUUUUCGAUCGAUCCAAUCCCCAUUUUCCAAAGCUUGCGGUUGCAGCUUUCUUCCUUCUGCCUAAUGCCCAAAAAUUGAAUCCGCGGGAUACUCAACAAACGGCCAUCUAAAGCACUCGAAACAGCUACUGUAAAUUACUCAUUCUGUUUAUGGUGGGUGGCACAUAGGAACCAUUAAUUAAUAGUUGAGGAGCUAAAUCAGAAUGGCUAUAAGAUAAGGGAUUUGAAAUCCCAUCUGGUGAAGGAGAUAAUAUAAGGGAUUUCACUGACUUUUGCCUCCAUAAAUUGUCUUAGAACUGUACUAGUUUGUAUUCCAAAUGGUGGAUUUUUUCUUAAUCCAUUGAAGGCUUUUCCAUGGAUUUGGACAAUAACAUUUGCAGAAGAAAAAGAUGAGCGAGACGAGACCAGUGCCGAGGAGAGAGAGUCCAUGGGGAACGCCAGAAGGAGAGCAUCGUCAACCAAAAGCACACAGAUGCAAUGAUCGAGCUGAAGAUGUUAUCCAAGCUUGUUUUGAGGGGAACCCAUUUAAAACAGUUCCAGGACCUUUUAAGCUCUUUUGGCAAUGCAUGCGCUCCAAGCCUGGGGAGGAACCAACAGAGCCAUACACUUAUUUGCAGAUAGAUCCACCAAAGAGAGAGGUGAAACUUGAGUGAUAUAAUUUUUCAUGAUGCUUUUAUAAUGACUUCCUUUUUGUUCAGACCAAAAUGAUCUUGAAGACUUUUUGGCAUAUGACAAUGCCUGACCACUCACUAAUGUAUAAAUUUUAGAGCCACAGAUAGUGGCUUUCUGAUUUUCAUAAUAAAAAUGGUUCAGCAUCUUUUGGUGAUGUUCAUAGAA